AUGGAGCGGGAAGGCCGCCUCCGCCUCCGGCGCGCGCCCGGGGCCCUGCUGCUGGGGCUGCUGGCGGCGGCGCUGCUGCUCCUCGCCCGGGACCUCCGCGGCGGCGGCUCCCGCGGGCAGAGCAGCGCCUGCCCGCCCGGCCACUUCCGCCUGGGAGCCCCGCAGCAGAACUGCUCGCCCUGGCUCGCCUGCCAGGCCCUCGCCCGGGAAGUGCGCCCGCUCAAGCGCGUGGGGGAAGGCGCCGUCAAGAGGGUCUUUCUUUCGGAGUGGAAGGAAAACAAAGUUGCUCUUUCGCAGCUAACAGUGCUGGAGCUAAAAGAUGACUUUCUUCAUGGCCUUCAGAUGCUGAAAUCUCUACAAAGUAAGCAUGUGGUCAAACUCCUUGGCUUUUGCGAAGAGGAUUUCCUGAUUCUAACUGAGUACCACCCCUUUGGCUCCUUGAAGAAUCUGAAUCAGAUACUGAACUUACCAAAGUACAAGGACUCCAAUACAUGGCAUCACAGGUUCAUGCUGGCUAUAGAUUAUGUGAGCAUCCUCUGUUACCUGCACAACAGUCCUCUGGGUACCUUUGUGAUGUGUGACUCCAGUGAUUUGGAUAAAGUACUUUCGCAGUAUUUGCUCACCAGUGACUUUCACAUUGUAGUGAAUGACUUGGAUGCCUUGCCUCUUGUGAACAGAAGCGCUGGAGAGCUGGUCAGGUGUGGCCACCAAGAGCUCCAGGGUGAGUUUGUGGCUCCUGAGCAGCGUUGGCCUCACGGACCAGAAGUGCCAUUUGAAGACAGCCUCAUGCCUCCAUAUGAUGAAAGGACAGACAUAUGGAAAAUCCCAGAUGUUACAAACUUCCUGUUGGGAGAUGCAGAAGGGAGUGAUCUGGUCAGGUUUCAUUUGUUUGAAAUCCACGUGGCCUGCAAGAAGAGCCCGGCUGAAAGACCAACUGCUGAGAAGGUUUUGGACUCGUACAGGAAAGUUCUAACGUCUCUCCUUCGAGGAACGGUCAUGCCAGGGACCAGGGACAUGUUAUAGGAAUCUUGCAGACAGCUAGAGUUGCCACAUGGUCUCACCUGCCUGCACUGAAAUGUAUACAGGGCUAUAACUAAGGGAGGGUGGAACACAUACUGUACUUAGUCACUCUCCUAAUCAAUAGAAGCAAAAACAAUUAAAUGAUUUCUUAAA